UAGUGCAACGCAUGCGCCUUUGUUUCAUAUGCAACAUUAUCGGAAGUUUCUUCAAACAGAUGUGAACUAACAUUGUCAACGUUUGGGGUGUAGAUUUCUGAGUAUUUAAAAUUGAAUUAUUUCAUUUUUAUUUCUGGGAAAAACUAACCGAUUUCCAGAAAUUUGUCACGGGUUCAGCUGAUUUUCCCAAUGGAGAACUCCAAUUCGGAUGGGGUCGUCCUACCGGACAUCUCCGAAGCCGAACAACUUGCGAGCGAGCACGAUGACAAUGGCGAUGGCGAUUCUGAUCCAAUUGACACCAAAGAUACCCGGGUGGCUACUGUAUCAGUCAGACAUGCAGGGGUUCCUGUUUCUUUACCGGUUGGGAGUCUUAUUACCAGCACUUUCAAUGUUAUCACCCAAGAACAAAUGCAACAUUUCAAGCCUAUGUUGUGCGUUGAUAAUAAUGGAUACUUAGCGACUGAUGCUUCUAGUGGUGAACUUAAAACUAUUGUUAUUCAACAAGAGGAUGCCAAUGUAGCCAGCCAACAAGUUACGGUAACACCAACAGUUGUGGGUUCUUGGACUGAAGCUGCUUCUCUUCCAAUUUUACCAGUUAGAUGCAAAAAUACAUCGGCAGAGCUUCAUAAAGCUCGGUUUGGAUCAGGAGGUAGAGGUCGUUGUAUAAAAUUAGGAAAUGCAUGGUACACACCUAGCGAAUUUGAAGCAUUGUGUGGUAGGGCAUCAAGUAAAGAUUGGAAAAGAAGUAUAAGGUUUGGAGGUAGAAGUUUACAAACUCUUAUUGAUGAAGGAAUUAUUAUGCCACAUGCUACAAGUUGUACCUGUUCUGCCUGUUGCGAUGAUGAAAGUGCUACAGGUCCAGUGAGGCUUUUUACACCAUACAAAAGAAAAAGAAGGAAAGAAAGUGAUUCACAAAGCAAAAGAAUUUCAAACAAUUCAAAUGAAGAAGACAGCGAUCACCAGAGCAAAGAAGAAGCUUGGCAAAAUUUAGCUGAGGGUUUAGACUCAAAUGAUUAUCAACUUAUGGAGUCUGUCAGUGCCGACCCUGCUGCGCAACUUAAAAAACUAGAAGAAAUCUCCGUUCAAAUUUCAAGACUUUCCAAUGAUUUUCGAAGAGGUGUAGAGGAACUGAGAGAGACAAUAACUCGGCAGCAGGAAAAGACGGAAAGGGAGAAAGAAGCUGCAAUAUUAGCCGCUAGAGUCGAAGCUCAAGUGGCUGCCCUAGGGCCAGAGAAUACUGAUCCAACCUUGCAACAAAUUGAUACAGAUAAUCAAAAAAAGUGUGCCAAUUGCAACAGGGAAGCUUUGGCGGAAUGUUCACUAUGUAGAAGAACACCGUAUUGCUCGACGUUCUGCCAACGGAAAGACUGGGCCUCGCAUCAAGUCGAAUGUGUCAGAGGUGGCGCUGCAGAUCCCUCCAACCAACAGAGUAUCAUGCUUAUUGUCGAAAGCACCGAUCAGCAUUAACGGAAAUUAAGAUCUUUUCUUCAAUUAAAUAUCAUAGCAUGUGUUUUAUCUAUAGUCUGUCCUGUAAGACAUUUUUUUAGUACGACAGACUGUACAGAUAACGAUAGUGCUACAAUUUUAGCAUUGAAUUUAAAUGACGGAAGGAUACUGUCACCGUUGUAUAUUCUUUUGUUGGGCAGACUGUAGAGUUCUAAGGGUAAUUUUUAAAAAUGUUUAAGUAUCAUUGUAUAUAAUUAUUUCGGAACAUAAUUUUAUCAAAUAUUGUAUAUGAAAACUAGAAUUUAACUUAUAUACCAAAUGUAUUUUUCAGUAAGAUGUUUUAUAAGUAUAGGUGCAUAUUGUUUUCAAUAAAAUACUUAAAAAGAC